AUGUUCAAAGAUCAGCCACUGCCCAGGCCUGGAGGGGAGGGGGGCAGUGAGCAGCUGAGAGCUGGGGCCUGACGCAGGCCACCAGAUUCCAGGACAUGGCUCUUGACGGGGUCCCGAGGAGGGUAGGGGUGGUGGGCUACGGCCGCCUUGGACAGUCCCUUGUUUCUCACCUGCUGACUCAGGGACCAGAACUGGGCCUAGAACUUGUUUUUGUCUGGAAUCGAGACCCAGGACGAAUGGCAGGAAGCGUGCCCCCUGCCCUGCAGCUCCAGAACCUCGCUGCUCUCGGGGAGAGGCACCCUGACCUUGUGGUGGAAGUGGCCCAUCCCAAAAUAAUCCAGGAAUCUGGGGCAAAAAUCCUGCGUUACUCCAACCUCCUGGUGGGGUCCCCCUCAGCCCUGGCUGACCAGGCCACAGAGCAGCAGCUGCGAGAGGCCUCGCAUCGCUGGCACCAUGCCGUGUUCGUGGCCCGGGGGGCCCUGUGGGGCACUGAGGACAUCACCAGACUGGACGCAGCAGGGGGCCUCCAGAGUCUUCGUGUCACCAUGGCCACGCACCCCGAUGGCUUCCGGCUCGAGGGACGGCUGGCUGCAGUGCCCAGCACUGGGCCUCGCACAGUGCUCUACGAAGGCCCUGUCCGUGGGCUCUGCCCCUUGGCCCCUCGCAACUCCAACACCAUGGCGGCCGCUGCACUGGCCGCCCCCAGCCUGGGUUUUGACCACGUGGUCGGGGUGCUUGUGGCUGAUCUCAGCCUCACAGACAUGCAUGUGGUGGAGGUGGAGCUGAGCGGCCCGCCGGGCCCCUCGGGCCGAAGCUUUGCUGUGCACACCCACAGAGAGAAUCCCGCUGAGCCAGGCGCCGUCACGGGCUCGGCCACCGUUACCGCCUUCUGGCGCAGCCUCCUGGGCUGCUGCCAGCUCCCCUCCAGGCCGGGGAUCCAUCUCUGCUGAGAAGCCGCCUCCUUCCCUGGUGGACAUCUUCGUCUCAUUUACGUCCCCAUCCCGGGCCUCCCCGCUGUCUCAGUAAACACUGGAAGCUCCUCUCCCUGCA